AUCUCUCCCCCUCGACUUUCGCAGCGGCGCUACCUCGCCGUUUUCCGGCCGACGACGACGAAGGAGGAGGCGGAGGACGACGGAGGAGAAGAUGAGCACCGGCGAGCUGCUCGACAUCGAGCCCUUGGAGCUCAAGUUUCCCUUUGAGCUGAAGAAGCAGAUCUUGUGUUCGCUUCAGCUGUCGAACAAAACCGACAGCUAUGUCGCUUCCAAGGUGAAGACGACCAAUCCCAAGAAAUACCGUGUUCGCCCGAACACAGGGAUUGUCUUGCCUCGGUCGACAUGUGAUAUAAUAGUUACUAUGCAAGCUCAGGAGGCUCCUCCUGACAUGCAAUGCAAAGAUAAAUUUCUUCUACAGAGUGUGAAGGUAGAGGGGGUCCAGUUAGAGAGGCUGAAGGAGGAGAGAGAGAGCGAUGGGAGAACUGCCGUCAAGUUUCAGGCCAAUAAAGCAUGCCUCGAGUCCCCAUGUAAAAAUAACCUCAUCUUUUGUCUCUUCCUUUGACUUAUCCACACAA